GGAGAGAAUCUGAUAGUAGCAGUUGAUGAUGAUGGCUGCUUUAUUGGGAGAAUUUGUGAUUUUAGUGGACGCUAUGUCAAGGAUGCGGAUAAGGAUAUUAUUCAAGCAGUGAAGGAGAAAGGCAGGCUUGUCAAGUCUGGAAGCUGUAUGCAUUCGUAUCCCUUUUGUUGGAGAUCUGAUACUCCUCUUAUCUACAGAGCAGUUCCCAGUUG